AUGUAUGAUGAUGAGAAGGAGUUCUUUGUAGGCUGGGAGUCAAGGGUUAUUGAUCUACAUGUCGACCAUAUUGCGAGUACUUGGGUGUUGGACGAGAAGCUGGCUGAACUCUAUCACCAGCACACAGCUUACGAACAUCAUCUGCGUCCCAGAACAGCGGCCGCCUAUGGUACUUUCAGCUGCCACGAGUUGCAUGAGCCAUCAUCUGAAGCGAUAAUCAAGGUUUUCAUGCACUCUGCCCCAAAACUGCUACACAUGGAGCAAAACGAACAGGAUCACACGGGCCCAGUUCCGGGCGGUUUUCUCUUCUAUCUCCUGAUCCAACGCCCCCCGGGACAGUACCUGAACCAUGAGAUCUUCUGGGGCAUGGCCGAACAAGAUAGAUGGACAAUCCGACGCGCAUUCAAGCAAGCCUGGUUGGAUUGCGUGAGCUCAGGCUUCAAGCCGGCAAUGUCAGCCAUCGAGAAUCUCAUCUGGGAUGCUGAAAAACGCAAGAUAAUGGAUUGCCUGGGGUCUAGCAAAGGUGCCGCGGAAAUAUAA